AUGGGUGGCAUUUGGUUUCUAUCUUCUAUUGCUAAUACUUCUUGUGUGGUUAUUGAUCAAAUUGACCAAUGUAUCACAGUAAAAGUGAGUGUGGGUAGCUUAAUUUGGCUUUGUAGUGCAGUAUAUGGGAGUCCUCAAUUCGAUAAAAGAUGUAUGCUUUGGGGUCAUUUGCGUUCUAUUAAUUCAAGCCAUAAUGGACCAUGGAUGGCUGUUGGUGAUUUUAAUGAGAUUGUAGCACCAGAUGAGAGUACAGGUGCUUAUUUUUCUUCUCACAGAGCUAGUCUAUUAGCUACUACUCUAGAUGACUGUGAGCUCUUUGAUCUUAAAGUGACUGGUAGGAGAUAUACUUGUUAUAGAGCAGUUCAGGCUGGCAGGGACUUGGCUAAAAGGUUGGAUAGAGCUCUAGUUAAUGAGGCGUGGAUGACAAUGUUUCCUGAGAAUUAUUCUGAAAUUCUUAGCAAGCUUCAUUCUGAUUAUUGUCCUAUUUUAGUUCAUUGUCAUGGUAGUCCCAGAGUGAAAGGUUCUCGUCCUUUUAGGUUCCAAGCUGCGUGGACAACACAUCCUUCUUAUAAACAUGUUAUUAGUAAGGCUUGGAAUCAAGAGUUUGGAGGCGUUACUGAAAGGCUUAAGAUGAAAUCUAGAGAGCAGUGGGUCAAGUAUGGGGAUAGAAAUACUAAAUUCUUUCAUCUUCAGACUUUGGUGCGUAGAAGCCAUAAUAGAGUACAUGAAUUAUAUGUUAGAGAUGGGUCUUGGUCUACUGAUCCAGAUAUUCUCCAGGAAGAAGCCCUCUCUUUUUACAAGAAUCUCUUUGGUACAACGGAAGAGGUUGAGGUUGAUUGUUUAGGGGAUGUUCCGAUGCCCACUCUAAGCACUGAGGCUUGUGCUAGGUUAAUUGACCUUGUCUCUUUUGCGGAAGUCAAGUCAGCAGUAUUCAGUAUAAGCCCUUUUAAGGCUCCUGAUCCAGAUGGCUUUCAAGCUUUUUUUUAUAAAGAAUAUUGGGAGAUAGUACGCACUGAGAUUUGGAAUAUUGUCCGGAGCGCUUUUUUGGGAGAGUUCUUAAAUCUUAGCAUCAUGGAAACUCUGAUUGUGCUUAUUCCUAAAAUUGAUAACCCUACCUUUAUGAAGGAUUUUAUGCCUAUUAGCUUGUGUAAUGUUAUUUAUAAAAUUAUCACCAAAGUAUUGACUAACCGACUUCGGCCUUUUCUUCCAGAUAUUGUUAGUCAUUUACAAGGAGGUUUUAUCCCGGGUCGUGGUACUCCUGAUAAUAUUAUUGUGGCCCAAGAAAUUCUGAAUUUCAUGAAGCACACAAAAUCCAAGAAAGGUACUCUUGCUUUUAAAAUUGAUCUUGAAAAAGCUUAUGAUAGGGUGGAUUGGAGGUUUUUGGAGAGUACUCUCAUUGCUUUUGGUUUUUCUAUCAUCACUGUUAAUUUGAUUAUGAAUUGUGUCCGUGCAUCAUCUCUUUCUAUUAUGUGGAAUGAGAAUAGAUUGGAUAGUUUUGCUCCUAGAAGGGGGCUUAGACAGGGCGAUCCAAUGUCUCCUUACUUAUUUGUGUUUUGUAUGGAAAGACUUGCUUGCUAUAUAUCUCAUAAGGUGGUCGAGGGUGUGUGGAAACCAGUUUCUGUCACUAGGGGUGGCCCAAAAUUUUCUCAUUUGAUGUUUGCAGAUGAUCUCUUACUCUUUUGUCAGGCUACAAAGAGUCAGGUUCAAAUGGUCAUGCAUUCUCUUAACAUUUUUUGCAAGGCAUCUGGCAUGAAAGUGAAUCUUGAAAAGUCUAAAGCUUUUUGUUCUAAAAAUGUGACUGCUCGUAGAAGAGGUAUUUUUACUAGUGUUUCUUCAAUACGUUUUGCUUUGGACUUAAGAAGAUAUCUUGGAGUUAACCUUAAUCAUUCCCGUACUAGUAGGGCUUCUUUUCAUUCGGUGAUUGAAAAGGUAUCUUUUUUUCCAAAUUGGGUUUGCGAUAAAUUGUCUUCUAUGAUGAGACAGUUCCUUUGGAAGGGUCAAGUUGAUGGUAGAGGCCUUUCUCUUGUUAAUUGGAGGACCGUGAUCACUCCAAAGGAAUUUGGUGGCCUAGGUGUUAGAGAUCUUGCGUGUGACAAGCCUUGGGUUGCUCUAUUGAGGGCAAAGUAUCUGAGGAAUGAGGGAGUUUUAGAUGGCCAUGUCCCUUGCAAUGCUUCACAUGUUUGGAAGAGUAUCUCAAAGGCUUUUGGUGCUCUUAAGGAUGCCUUCUCUUGGUGCGUUGGGUCACUUGAUCAAUCCUUUUGGUUUGACAAUUGGAAUAUUGAGGGCCCAAUUGCUCAAGAUGUCCCUUUUGUACAUAUAUCUGACUCUGAUUUAACUAUUAGAGACGUUUGGAAAGAUGUACAAGUUCUUGAUUUGGCUAGUCUUCAUAAUGCUAUUCCUACGGCAGAGUUUCGUUUGGGUCGUGGUUUAGCUUUAUCUAGCACCUGUCAUCGAUGUCAGAAUGGUUCUGAAUCCAUUCUUCAUUGUCUUCGGGAGUGCCCUGGUGCCAAAGAGGUCUGGAACCUUUUAGGCCUGUAUUCAGAUAACUCGAAUUUACAUGAUUGGCUCUACAGAGGUGUAAAGAGUGGAGAUAUUUUUCUUUUCUUUUCGACCAUCUGGUGGAUUUGGAGAAGCAGGAAUCAGGACUUAUUUAGUAUAGAUGAUUCAUGGAGUGUUAGUAAAGUGGUGAGUUUGAUUCGUAGUUCAGUAAGGGAGUUUCACACUAUUUUUGCUAUGCAUCAAUCUUUGUCUCCUCCUUCACUUUGUUUGCAUUGGGUUCCACCUCCAGUUCAUUCUGUUAAAUUGAAUUGUGAUACUAGUUGGUUUGCUCCUUUUGGCUAUGCUGGUUUUGGUUGUAUCAUUUGCAAUCCUGAUGGAUGUUGGUUGAAAGGUUACACUGGGAAAGUCGAAGUGUGCAGUGUUCUUUUUGCUGAAUUGUAUGUAAUUUGGAGAGGUUUACUUCUUGCUUGGGAGAGUGGAUUUCGUGAGGUUAUUUGUGAAACAGACUGUUUAGAAGCUCUUUUCUUGGUAAACCAAAAAAUGCUUGGUAAGGAUAUUCCGGAAUGGGAUUUGGCAAAGUAUAUACAGGAGGUUAUGAAUUGGAAUUGGAGAGUCUCUGUUCUUUUAAUUCAGAGGACUGCAAAUAGUGUUGCAGAUUGUAUGGCUAAAGCAGCUGCUUCUGACGCGGACAUUCACUCGAAUUGGAGCCAACCAUGGAGUGAGUUUCAACAUCUAAUAGAUUUAGAUAUGACCCUAGCCAAUUAA